AUGGAAUCGUUGAAACAGUCUGCAGAAGUUAUCAGAGAGAUUGUAAAGGAAAAAGAUCUUGCAGAUGCUCUAGAAGAAGGAGGCUGUGAUCUUGAAACUGUGAGAAACAUCAUUCAAGGAAGGCAAUUGCCUGCUGAUCUGAGGCCCAAAGUCUGGAAGAUUGCACUUAAUGUUGUAGGAAAGGGGGACAGCCUAGCAUCCUGGGAUGGCUCUUUAGACCUACCAGAACAGAGUAUAAUUCAUACGGAUUGCCAAGAGCUAAUUGACCUGUUGUCAGCACCAGAAGAGGAGAAGUCAGUAUUACUUCUGGAUAUUGAGUCUGUUAUUACUUUUUAUUGUAAAUCACGCAAUGUUAAAUACACUUCUUACCUUGGCUGGAUACAUCUACUCAAACCUCUGGUGCACCUUCGUUUGCCACGCAGCGAUUUGUACAACUGCUUUUAUGCUAUCAUGAAUAAAUUCAUUCCAAGGGAUUGUUUUAUGAAGGGAAGACCAUUUCAUCUAUUUAGACUUCUUCUUCAGUACCAUGAGCCUGAACUCUGCUCCUUUCUUGAUACUAAGAAGAUGACUCCAGACUCAUAUGCACUCAACUGGCUUGGAAGCCUCUUUUCAUAUUACUGUUCAGCUGAAGUCACUCAAGCAAUAUGGGAUGGAUAUCUACAACAAGCAGAUCCAUUCUUUAUUUAUUUCUUGAUGUUAAUCAUCCUUGUCAAUGCAAAAGACGUUAUCUUAGCACAAGAAUCUGAUAAAGAAGAAAUGAUAAAAUUCUUAGAAACUUCACCAGCCAAUCUCGAUUUAGAGGAUAUAGAAGAUCUCUUCUCUUUGGCACAAUAUUACUGUAGCAAAACUCCAGCUUCUUUCAGGAAGGACAACCACAGUCUUUUUGGCAGCAGCUUGCUGGGCCUCAAGGAUGAUGAGACAGACUUGAGCCAGGCUCUCUGUCUAGCAGUUUCUGUGUCUGAGAUUCUUCAAGCAAAUCAGCAACAAGGCGAAGGAGUAAGGUUCUUUGUAGUGGAUUGUCGUCCUGCAGAGCAAUACAAUGCUGGACAUUUAUCAACAGCAUUUCAUUUAGACUCUGAUUUGAUGCUUCAAAACCCAUCAGAAUUUGCACAGUCUGUAAAAUCCUUAUUGGAAGCACAAAAACAGUCUAUUGAGUCUGGCUCCAUAGCUGGUGGGGAACAUCUCUGCUUCAUGGGAAGUGGCAGGGAAGAAGAAGAUAUGUAUAUGAACAUGGUGCUAGCACACUUUUUACAGAAAAACAAAGAGUAUGUAAGCAUUGCCAAAGGAGGAUUUAUGGCCCUUCAGCAGCACUUAGCAGAUAUCAAUGUGGAAGGACCAGAAAAUGGAUAUGGCCACUGGAUUGCUAGUACGUCUGGCUCAAGAAGUAGCAUAAAUUCCUCUGUUGAUGGUGAUUCUCCUAAUGGUUCAAGUGAUGGAAAAGGAGUAAAGUCCCUGGUGAAUAAAAUGACGGUUGCUUUGAAGACUAAAUCUGUGAACGUGAAAGAAAAAGUCAUUAGUUUUAUUGAAAAUACAUCUACUCCAGUAGACAGACAUGUCAGCAGCAGUGACAGAGUAGGAAAACCCUACCGUGGUGUGAAACCAGUGUUCAGCAUCGGAGAUGAAGAAGAAUACGAUACUGAUGAAAUUGAUAGCUCCUCAAUGUCAGAUGAUGAUCGAAAAGAGGUCGUCAACAUCCAAACAUGGAUAAAUAAACCUGAUGUGAAGUAUAACUUCCCCUGUAAUGAAGUGAAGGAAAAUGGACAUAUGUUUCCCAGUCAUCUCCUAGUAACGGCAACUCAUAUGUACUGUUUGAGAGAGAUUCCAUCACGAAAGGGACUGGCUUACAUACAGUCUCGACAGGCACUCAACUCUGUAGUCAAAAUCACAUCUAAGAAGAAACACCCAGAACUAAUCACCUUUAAAUAUGGAAAUAGCAAUACUUCGGGCAUAGAAAUUUUGGCAGUUGAAAGGUAUUUGAUUCCAAAUGCAGGUGAUGCGACCAAAGCCAUAAAACAACAGAUCAUGAAAGUAUUGGAUGCCUUGGAGAGUUAAUAACUAAAGACUUUGUAAAGAACAGUUUAUAAAGAAGAAGCAACCAAGAUACUGUAUGUGGACACAAGCUGACUGUUGCCCAACUGAAUACUAACUUAAGAGGAUUUUUCUAUUUGCUGAUGGGAGUGCCUGAGUAGCAGGCUUAAGAUAGGGUAAAUUAUUAUCAAUUUCUGAACAGGAUUUUAAUUUUUUUGUUUGUUUGUUUUGAAGAAAUGUUUAUUAUAAAGGUCAGUUUGUUUC